GACCAAGCUAGGCUAUAGAUAGCUAGCUAACCUUAGUUAGCUACUUUAUGCAGAACGUAGCUAUGUUUUUCCUAAUAUGAAAACAUUGGUUGCCGUUCUCCAACCGUCAUACAUGUAUCGUAAUUUAUCAAACGUUUAUUUAGUUGUUAGUAUUUUUACUAACUUGACUUCGUUAGAUAAGUAAUAAUGCUAGCUGAGCUAGCCCGAAUUAUCUGGGCACAGCUGGUUUCAUGAUUGACUGUCGUGAUGGGGUAUACAACAAGGUAUUCAGCUAAGUCACCAGAUAAGCACAGAGCGUUGGAGGAGACUAAGAACUACACUACCCAGUCCCUGGCCAGCGUAGCCUACCUGAUCAACACCUUGGCCAACAAUGUCCUGCAGAUGCUUGACAUUCAGGCCUCUCAGCUCCGCCGCAUGGAGUCCUCCAUCAACCACAUCUCACAGACAGUGGACAUCCACAAAGAGAAAGUGGCAAGGCGGGAGAUUGGCAUCCUGACCACCAAUAAGAACACCUCUCGCACGCACAAGAUCAUUGCUCCGGCCAAUCCAGAGAGGCCGGUGCGCUACAUCCGCAAGCCAAUUGACUACAGCCUGCUGGAUGACAUGGGCCACGGCGUCAAGUGGUUGCUAAGGUUUAAGGCCAGUGCUCAGAACAUAAAGGCUGGAGCCGCAGGUCUCCCUCGCACCAACCCACCCACACAGAAGCCCCCCAGCCCACCCAUGUCAGGGAAGGGAACCAUUGGGCGCCACUCCCCCUAUAGGACACUCGAGCCGGUGCGUCCUCCCGUUGUCCCUAACGACUACGUCUCGAGCCCGACGCGCCAUGGCAACAUGGCGCCCCCACAGCAGAGCCCUGCACGCACUGCGUCUGUUAAUCAGAGGAACCGCACGUACAGCAGUGGCAGCAGUGGAGGCAGCCACCCUAGCAGCAGCAGCCGCAGCAGCAGCAGAGAGAACAGCGGCAGCGGCUCCGUGGGCUUGCCUAUCGCCGUGCCAACGCCUGCCCCGCCCCCCACAGCAUUCCCAGGUGCCCCCCAGUUCUUCAGCAUGAACCGACCGGUGCAACCACUGAACCCUCCUGCGGUGGGGGGGUCUCUGCCGUACCGCCGGCCCGCGUCAUUGACGGGCCAGCCCAACUCCAACAUGCCCCUGGCCCUGAACCAGCCCAACGGAGGACCCCACUUCAACCAGGUCCCAGCAGGUCCUCUUGUUGCCCCCCCUCCCCCGUCCAUGCAGAUCACUCCCCAGCUCCCUCUGAUGGGCUUUGUGGCUCGGGUACAGGAGACCAUCUCAGACGUGCCCCCUCCCCCGCCCCCCAUAGAAGAAGCUGUGUUUGAGGAACCCACCCCGCCCCCUCCACCUCCAGAGGACUAUGAGGAUGAUGAGGAGGAGGAGGAGGAAGAGUCGGCCGUUGUGGAGUACAGUGAUCCCUACGCAGAGGAGGACCCCCCGUGGGCCCCACGCACCUACAUGGAGAAAGUGGUGGCGAUCUACGACUACGUGGCGGACAAGGAGGACGAGCUGUCCUUCAACGAGGGCGCCAUCAUCUACGUCAUCAAGAAGAACGACGACGGCUGGUACGAAGGAACGAUGAGUGGCACCACCGGCCUCUUCCCCGGGAACUACGUCGAGUCCAUCAUGCACUACGCCGACUGAGGAGAGGUGUAGAUAGGAAGGUCAAAGACUUUGUUAGGCAGAGCAUGAUCACAUUGUAGAAGUCGACGAGGAGAUGAGCGUUCAUGAAGAGUAUACAACUGUCCUCAACCGGUCUACCAGAUGAAGUACAUUGUACAACGGCCACUUGUAGAUAUUCCCUGUGUUUUUGAAUGAUAUGAGACUGUAUGGUGGUGGUUUUUGUAUGUACUAUUAGGGCUUCAUUUUGUCUUUACUAUUAUUAUAAGGAAGGCCACAAGGAUUAUUGUGAUUUAAAAAAAUAUUUUUCUCAUUUCCUUUUGCGCUUAUUUUAAAGUUGUAUUUAUUUGGACCAUGUAUUAUAUAGGGAGGGAUGGUACGGUGGGCAGGGCUGCUGAUUUAAGGAUAGAAAUAUUUGUCAGAUUAUCCCGAUGAAGUUCUCUACUCUCAGCCCAAGAGAAGACACUCAAUGAGAAUGCUUUCCAAUAUUUUCUCUCCUGACAUUCCCAGAGCCUUUCUCGACUCAUUUUAUUUAAAACCAGGAGCUCCUAUUGGUUAGUGGGAUGAGAUGGACUGUUGUGCUUGGACUUUAUAUGAUGUCAAGUUUGGCAACACAACAAAGCUUGACAGUCCCUGACAAAACAUAGACAUUAGUGGUGGGUAAGACUGGGGGGAAAUGAACUAUGAAACUCUCUUCAGUUUGGAUUCAGCAGUUAAUGACUUGGUUCUGGCCCCAGGCUAGGGCAGCUUAAAACACUAGGGCUUAGAGCAUGCUCAGUCACUACUGCACUUGCCUCACUUCACAGGCCAGUUAGGUAGAGCAGUUGUUUCUCAACCUUUGGUCCCUGAGAUGACGACACUGAUUUGGUCAGCUCUAAUUGAAGACUGCUUCAAUGGCACAAAACAAGUUUGAGAAACAGAGAUAGCCGUCUGGCCCAAAGUAGAAAGGAUAACGCAAAAUUAGUGUCUUAAGUCACUGCCUCACCUUGUAAUCAAUACAGAAGAGAUUGAUUUUGCCUGUCUUGGUAGAGGGACUGUCAGGAAGCCACCUUUUAGGUAGACAAACAUUCUGGCCACUCAUUUGCAUCAACGAUUUCAAUAUUUCAUUCUUAUUGUAGUGGGACCUCACCAAAGGGUGGCAGACUGCAUGUUUUUGGGAAAAAAAUAUUCAUUAGUCUCCUUUUCUGCUAUAUUAUUCCUGUCUUAAUAUUUUAGAUAUGGUGUGGUUAUUGGUUUGGUUUUAAAUAUUCACCCAUAUUACCAUCGUUGACAGGUGGGGUUUCAUGAUGCAUUUAUAGGAGGUGAUAAAGGAAGCUUGUGCCAUAUUGAAGUGUGUGUGUGUGUGUAAGGUAUCACUUCCAUUUGCAAUAAAAAUAGCCAGUGGGAUGGGUUUGAAAAUGUAGAUCUUUGAGUUGUUUGGAAUUGAAAGCACAUACAUUAGUAAGAUAAUUGUUACUGAAAUUAUAAAAUUAAACUGUAUUACUGCCUCGGAUGAGGACUAAUUAAAAUGAGCAUAAAAGCCAGCCGUUGAUUACAAACCGGCACCAAAACCGAAGCAUUGAGUGUUUGAGGUACAAGUAUUAUUUCCAAUGUGCUUGGCCGUGUCUGAGGGCUCUGUGCUUGUCUGUCAGUCAAAUCCUUUAUUUUUUAUUGAAAGUGCAUCUGUUCUUGCAUGCCAUUUUUUGUAAUACUGUAGUGGUGUCUGAAACCCAGUUGGCCCUUCACAAGGCAGCCCCAGAACUGGACCCUAGGGGCAAGGUCAGUGAAGCACAACCUUUUUGAAUAUUCAGAUAUGUUAUGUAGAAUAAACAUGCCUCUGACAUAUAGCAUAAGGACUCAUGUCAGCUCUAUUCAGGACAUUUAUCUGCAAUGUUCCACAAUGCUGUGCAACGCUAAAUGCAACCCCAGGUACUACUAAACCAGCCUCAUCCAAAGACUAAAGUGUAAGCUAAAUCCAUGGCAACUUUUUAUCCCAACAUCUGAAGAUCAAUUAAGUUAUGGGAUUUGACUACUCCAGGAGGAGCCAUUCAUUUAAUGUGUAAAUGGAGAAUAUAAGUGUAAGAACAAGUGGUCUAUUCCCUCAGACCAAGAUCUCUCUGGAUGUCAAGUUAAAACAGUCCAUAAUGCCAUUGUGUUGCACAGUAAAAAAAGUUUAACUUUAGAAAUAUCAUAUUUGUAAAACCAUGAGAACAAAAACCAAUAAAACGAUUAAGAUUUA